AUGUCUGGCACCGCGACAGCUCCCCCGACUUCGACAGGGAGCGUGAAGCUCGAUGCAAUCAAGCAGAAGGCUGAGGCAGCAGCGACACCCAAGAAGCUCAGCGGCGUCGACCUGUACUCGCGCUUCGCCUUCGCCGGCGCUGUCUGCUGCUCCGUGACUCACGGCGCAUUGACACCGGUCGAUGUCGUCAAGACCCGUAUCCAGCUCGAUCCUGUCACCUACAACCGCGGCCUCAUUGGCGGCUUCAGGCAGGUGAUCCAGAAUGAGGGUGCCGGCGCGCUCCUUACCGGCAUCGGCCCGACCUUCGCAGGCUACUUCCUUCAAGGCGCCUUCAAGUUCGGCGGCUACGAGUUCUUCAAGCAGCAAUCCAUUAGCCUUUUCGGCUACGAGAAUGCCUCCAAAUACCGCACCGCCGUCUAUCUCGGAUCCUCCGCAUGCGCAGAGUUCUUCGCUGACAUCGCUCUCUGCCCGCUUGAGGCGACGCGUAUUCGUCUUGUGUCCGACCCGGGUUUCGCGAACGGUCUCAUUGGUGGGUUCAGCAAGAUUUUGAGAACAGAGGGUGUUGGUGCAUUCUACAGCGGUUUUGGCCCGAUCCUGUUCAAGCAGAUCCCGUACACCAUGGCCAAAUUCGUCGUCUACGAAAAGGUUGCCGAAUACGCGUACGCCAACUUCUUCGACAAGUCCAAGACGAGCGCCGGCAUGAACACCGUCAUCAACCUCGGCUCCGGUCUCAUUGCCGGUUUCGCCGCCGCCAUCAUCUCGCAACCCGCCGACACCAUGUUGAGCAAGAUCAACAAGACCAAGGGUCUUCCGGGAGAGAGCACGACGAGCAGGCUGAUCAAGAUUGCGCGUGAGCUCGGCUUGAGGGGCAGCUUCAGCGGCAUCGGCGCCAGAUUGUUCAUGGUUGGCACACUUACCGCUGGUCAAUUCGCCAUCUACGGUGACAUCAAGCGCGCCAUCGGCGCUGUUGGUGGUGUUGAGAUCGCCAAGUAA